AUUUAUGUGUUAUACACGAUUAAAAUUAACCUGAAAUUUGUUGAUAUUACAGGUAGAGUUACACGUAUCAAAUAUUUUAUCUACAAUCAUUGCCGGGUUGUUGAAGUGGACAGAAGUGUUUAUAUUUUAUGAAAACGACACUGAACACGAAAGCUCUCGGCUAAUUUACAGUGUUUCAAAAGAAAAUGUCAAGGCAAUUUUAUACAAUAUUGACAAAGUGAUAGAUCUUCAUAAACUUUUAUUAGAUGCAUAUCUUCGCAUUGUACCGACUACAGGUAAUAUCAACUUCGUGGUUCUUUGUAAAUUCGACUGUCUGCGGCGACUUUUACAUACGGCGAAUACAUUUGACAGUAAAAACAAGCUGCCGAAAACGCUGAUAAAACAGUUCUCAAGAUGGCUUAUUGCAAGUCUCGACAACGACAGAAAUGUUGGCACAACCGUCACGGAAUGUGCAAAUGAUCUUGAUAAUGUAGCAGUUAUAUCCUUUCCAAGACUUCAAGAUGAAGAUUCUGCUGCGGAAUUUCAAAAGGCUCUUCGUAAAACGUUUUUCAAUGAGGUAAUUGCAGAAGAUGCUGGGAGCUUCAACAACAGUUUUGUAAACGUGUCAGAAGCAAAACGAGCAAUAAUUAACGAUUUGACUCAGAAGGCGAACAAUUGGAGGUCAGUGGAUAAAUGUGAAGGUCUUAUAAUAGAAACAUUGAUGUGGACGAAGCAAGGUCGUGCUUUCAGCGGAGUUGGCUACGUCUCGAAACGUGGUGAAGUUAUCAUACAUGCUGAUAUGUUCCCAAAUACAAAGUUUGGUUACAAUGGAAGGGAGUUUUUGAUAUCUACAUUACAUUUUGCCCCCUUUGUUGUUAAAACGGAGGUAAAUGGAACAGCACAUUAUGGAGGUAUUUGUAUGGAUCUUCUGAAAGACUUAGCAUGGAGACUCAAUUUUACGUACACGUUAACGGAACCUCCAGAUCAAACGUGGGGACGUCCAGGUCCAAACAAUACGUUUAACGGAAUGAUAGGACAACUGCAAAGAGAAGAAGUUGACAUAGUUGCAGCAGAUACAACGAUUCAAAAAGAGCGGGAACUUGUUAUGGAUUUUAUGUUUCCAUUUUACUAUGGCUAUACGUCUGUUAUGGUUAAGAAACCGGACCCAAACGCUAGAAAAUGGAGGACGCUCGUUGAUCCAUUGCAUUGGAAAGUGCUUAUGACCAUAGGGAUUUGUCUGCCGAUAAUGUCGUUCAUUUUAUCUCUUUUGGAAAGAUAUAAUCCUUUUUACGCCCGGACUGAUGAUGGUGUUGACUAUUCUUGGCUAAAUGUUUUCCAAUCGUUUACUCAUUCACUAUGGUACAUGUACGGAACCCUGUUCGCACAAGGCAGUGUCAUCUUACCUCAAACAGUGGCGGGACGGACACUGAUUUGUUCCUGGUGGUUAUUUUCAAUAGUUAUUGUGGGAACAUAUUGUGGGAACCUUAUCGCUUUCCUUACAGUGACAAAAGAUAAACCACCGUUUGAAACUCUUGAUGAAAUGGCCGACCUUAAGGGAACAUAUCAGUGGGGCUUACAAGGAGGUACAAACCGAGAAUUUGUUUUUGAGACCUCCAAAAGACCAGAAUUUAGAAGAGUAGGGGAUGCAAUAGCUGAAUUCAGUAAGAAAGACCCGGCAGUAUUAGCAACUGAUUUUGAUGUUCAACUUGAAAAGGUUAAAAAAGGGUGGUAUGGUUGGAUAGGUGACGCUGUUGUAAUGGAGCUUGAGAUGGCUAAAGAUUGCGAUCUUAUGAUGAUUAAAGACAAGUUUUUGCCUCUUAGAUAUGCGUUUGGAUUCACCAAUAAUUCACCACACGAGCAAAUAUUCACAAAACAGAUGUUGGUUAUUCAGGAAUCCGGAUUAAUUGAAGUAUGGAAAAGACGAUGGUGGCCCAAGUCAAAGGCUAUUUGUGCCGAUUCAAUAGUAGCUGAAGCCAAGCCAAUCUCAAUAAUAGAUGUACAGAGUGCAUUUUAUGUAGCUGCCGGUGGAGCGGUGAUUAGUUUCUGUAUUUUUGUUGUUGAAGUCAUCAUUGGAAAAUAUUGUCGUGGUCGGAGACAAAGAAGAAAAUCUCGCUGA